AUGCCAGAUAAACCUCCCCUAGCGUUAGAACGCUAUGAUGGCUCCGCCGAUCCCGACAAUCACCUACGCAACUUUAUAGACGCCAUGGCGUUCUACACAGACAAUGACCCCGUCAUUUGCAGAGCUUUCUCCUUAUCCCUUAAGGAUGAGGCCCUAGAGUGGUUCCACACUCUUCCACGGAAUUCAAUAGACUGUUUCACAACAAUCGAUACUUUAUUCCGAAAGCAAUACGCGACCAACAGAAGACCGGAGAUGAUUACUGCUGAGCUUGUGAAUACCAAGCAGGAGAAGGAUGAAACCCUAAAGGCUUUCAUGCAACGCUACAACGAGACGGCCCGACGUGUGAAAGAUAUCAAUCACACCUUCAUCAUCAGCAAUCUACCUUCGUGCUUAAGGCCGAGGUAUUUUGCGGAACAGUUAUAUGCUAACCCGCCAACAUCUAUGGAAGAACUGCAAUCCACAAUUACAAAGUUCAUCCGCAUCGAAGAUCUCCGGAAUUCUAGAAAGAAGCAGCAGCAUGAUAACCCCAAUCACGAUGCAAAGAAACCCGAAAAGCGAUCGACCAACGACUAUAAAUCAGACCGAACACCCCGAAAAGAGUCAGGGUGGACGUCUAAGUACGAUCGUUACACGACCCUCAAUGCACUGAGAGCAAAGGUGCUCGAAGAGGCUUUGCACGCCGAACUUUUAACCGUGCGGCGAAAAGCUACUCCAAAGAACACGGACAGUAGCAAGGUCUGCCGGUUUCACAUGAACCAUGGGCAUGACACGGAAGAAUGCAACAUGGUGAAGGACGAACUGGAGCGACUCAUCCGAGCAGGCUACCUCCAGAACUACGUCAAGGAUAGAAUCUCCACUAGAGCUACAACUCCUCACCGUAAGGAUCCCUCCAGACGGAGUCCCGAGCGAUUGCCUCCUAGGGAUGACCGACGCCGUAGGCGAUCGCGCAACCAACCCCGGCGGACGGAGAGAGAACGUUCAGUCCGAGGCCGAAUCGACACCAUAUCGGGUGGUUUCGCUAGGGGGAGUGUCAUCUUCCGCCAGGAAACGACAUCUGAGACAGCUAAAGGCGGUGCACAUGGUCGAUCGACAGCCUCGGUCGAUCCCUGA